UUCCUGAAGCGGGCCCAAGCCGUCACUCGGAUUUUCCCUGCCUUUCCCCCCUGAAGGACGUUGUCGGUCGUAGUCGAACUUGCCAGGUCUGAUCCCGUACUUGUUCUUCCGACCGCUCCCGCCACGAUGCCCAAGGUCAAACAGCAGAAGCGCAAUAGCGCCUCGAAAGCGAGUCCCUAUGCCGAUGCGGCGGCCAAGACCAAGGCCGCCAACAGCAUCUUCAAGAUGAACACCGAUCUCGGUCAGCACAUCCUCAAGAACCCUGGCGUGGCUCAGCGGAUUGUCGACAAGGCCGAGCUGAAACAGAGCGACGUUGUGCUGGAAAUCGGUCCCGGUACCGGUAACCUUACCGUGAAAAUCCUCGAGAAGGCGAAAAAGGUCAUCGCCGUGGAGCUCGAUCCUCGAAUGGCGGCUGAGGUCACUAAGCGUGUUCAGGGCACCCCUGCCCAGAAACGCCUCGACGUUAUACUUGGAGACGUGAUCAAGACAGACCUCCCGUAUUUCGACGUCUGCAUUAGCAACACUCCGUACCAGAUUUCUUCACCUCUCACAUUUAAACUUCUUGCGACCUCGCCAGCGCCCCGAGUGUGUAUCCUCAUGUUUCAGCGAGAGUUUGCUCUGAGACUCUUCGCGAAACCCGGCGAUAAACUCUAUAGCAGACUCUCCGUCAAUGCCCAGAUGUGGGCCAAAAUCGAUCACAUCAUGAAGGUGGGAAAGAACAAUUUCAAGCCACCUCCACUGGUCGAGUCCAGCGUUGUUCGUCUAGUACCCAAGAAUCCAAGGCCACAAAUCAACUACGAUGAGUGGGAUGGACUCCUGCGAAUCGUGUUUGUCCGGAAGAACAAAACCAUUCGGUCGAGUUUCCUUGGCAAGUCUACCGUGAUGGACAUGUUAGAAGCCAACUAUCGAACAUGGUGUGCGCAGAACGAUGUUCCAGUUGAAGAUGGCCCCGCAGAUGACACCGAACCUGACGCAAUGGACAUUGGCACCGCACAGGCUGAUGAAGAAGACGAGGGCGAUGAUGAGCCCGAUGAGGGCAUGGAGGUGGAUGAUGAUGAUGACGUGCCCGACUUUUUCAAGGAACAGACGAGCGCUCGUAUCCAAGAAGCUCUCAAGAGUCGGCCCAGUCGUAAGAAGAGAGGAAAGGUAGCAGAGCUCGUCCGGGAGAAAGUACGGCAAGUGUUGGAGGAUGAUACAGGUCUCGCAGAUAAACGCGCAAGGAUGUGUGAUGAGAACGACUUCCUGAAGUUAUUGUGGGCCUUCAACCAGAAGGGCUUCCAUUUCAGCUGAGGCUGGCAGCAUGGGGUUCAAGACCGACUAUGCCUCCCGUUUAGAACGCCAUAUACUAAUGAAACAGGUGCUAUUAUUAAUGAAUCAUGACUGUCGUCACUGCAGGUCAUUCUCUGGGGAUCGGUCUCCAGCCGGACGGAGAUGAGCCCGAGAGUCCUGGAAUAGACUUUGCCAGAUGAAUGCUUCGCUUAGCAAAAGUUCGACAUCCUUAUCCGUCCAAUCCUUCGUGGGAAGAGCUUGCAGAAACAUCAUUACCUCCU